AUGCUCUUCGGAUUUGGAAUUCUGAUCCAUCUCACCGUACUCAUCAUAUACCAAAUGGACCUAAAGGACUUCUCACUUUUGACUGAAAUUGGAUCUUCAUCGCGUACGCAAUUGGUCUGGUAUGCAGUCCAAGCAUUGGCGGAGCUAUUGGCUCUCGCUGUAACAUAUCAUUGGGGCGCUGUUACCGAGGGAAUUUUGGAAUCGGCUGGGAUAGCGAUCAGCGUACUCACCCUCAGCGCCAAGUCGCAGAGUGCCGCAUUCCCCAUCGUCGCGGGUUCCUUCCUCGUUAUCUCUGCCUCCAUCGUCUACUUGGCACAGCACCCGGACGCAGACGAUGAGCAGCGGCAUGGGAAGAGGCUCACAGUACCAUUCCGCCGGAUAAUGAGCGGAGUGCUGCUCCUGUGCGGUGUCUUCUAUCUCGGGUUCACCGCCCGUGAAUGGAGAGCGGCGCUGCGCUCUCCCAGCCAGCCGAUGACGGUCGUGGACGUCCUCUCCGCCGCCUCAAAGACGUGCACACGCAAGCCGCUUCCCUCUCGAGCGUAUUGGCCGUCCGAGCGCACGUACCACGCCUUCGAUGAUGUGCUGCUGAUCGUAUUCUUUAGUCACGCGCGGUACGAUGCGAACCUCGACUAUUACAGGGAGGUUUACUCGCAGUUUUUCCCGAAUAUCGUCUUUGUGGGCCCCGGGAGUCGGGAAGACGCGGGAUUUGCUCACUCGUAUGACGUUCUAGUCGAUUCGUACGAGUCUGACGAGGACUUGAUAGACCAGAGGGUUUACAAGAUGGCAGGCAGGAUGGCUCACCAUAUGCUGUAUACGGCAAUGAGGGAGCAUGACUGUUAUGAUGGAUAUUUGUGGGCGCCGUUCGACACGCUGCUCAAUAUCCCUCGGCUGCAACAAUUUAACCAGCAGUACUUCUGGUAUCACUCUCCAUUCGGACAGUAUGUCCCCAACCCUGCCUUUAGGGAUGCAGAAGCCAAUACCAACAAGAGCUGGCACGCGCCUCCAGCAAACAUAUCUCCAGACCCCAGCAUCAACCUUACCGCAACCUGGCGGGGCUGGGGGGUUGACUGGUGUGAUCCUCAUGUUGGUCUGGCAAAGUGGGCGCAGGGCUUCGAGGUCGACACGUUCCACACAUUCCACUGGGGCGACCGAGGUUCCGACGGCGUCUGGCGAGGAAAUCCCGAGCACAUCACGGACGUGCGAAGUCUGCUCGUCGAGUCGGCCCGCAGGCAGGGAGUCGCGUUCCCUGCAGUCGAGGUCUCCGCAUGA